AUGGCAUCUAGUAAGAAUGAAUUAUAUGAAGCCCCGGCAGAGAAUGCAAAAGUCUUCGAAGGGCUUAUUGGGAAUUGUAGUCUUUGGAGCCGGAAGUGGGGGUGGCAGGGGUUAGAACCGCAGCUGAAGCAGCAGUCCUUGGCGCUGACGCCGCCAGGGUGUAGUGCAGGGUUCCGAGCCCACCAGCCGUGGUGCCUCCCCUGUCCUGAGGGUGCAACGGGCGCCCUGGCGACCGAAGCGGCCGGGAGCCUCUCUUCAGCCCGGAGACGGCCUUGCAGUCCCGGAUGCGUCCGGAGGGCGCGGGAAUGGAUCUUGGCGGCGGCAGGGAGCGCCUGCCGGAGGAGAGCAGAGGGUGGUCAGUACCUGUGUUCGGGAGAAGGCAUGUUUCGAAGACCAUCAGAAGGACAGUCCCUCAUCAGUUACCUCUCCGAGCAAGACUUUGGCAGCUGUGCAGACCUGGAAAAGGAGAAUGCCCACUUCAGCAUCUCAGAGUCCUUGAUUGCCGCCAUCGAGCUGAUGAAAUGCAACAUGAUGAGCCAGUGUCUGGAAGAGGAGGAAGUGGAGGAGGAAGAUCGCGACAGGGAGAUCCAGGAACUGAAGCAGAAGAUCCGCCUGCGGCGCCAGCAGAUCCGCACCAAAAACUUGCUCCCUGCAUACCAGGAGACUGAGCAUGGAAGCUUCCGGGUCACCUCCAGCAGCUCCCAGUUCAGUUCACGUGAUUCUACACAGUUCUCGGACUCUGGCUCUGCUGAUGAUGUUGAUGAGUUUGAAAUCCAAGAUGCUGAUAUCAGGAGGAGUGCGGUCUCAAAUGGCAAAGCAUCCAUCUCCCAGAACUUCUCCCAUUGCUUCCUGCACUCCACAUCUGCUGAGGCAGUGGCCAUGGGGCUCCUGAAGCAGUUUGAGGGCAUGCAGCUUCCAGCUGCCUCGGAGCUGGAGUGGCUGGUUCCAGAGCACGAUGCCCCACAGAAGCUCCUGCCUAUCCCCGACUCACUGCCCAUCUCACCGGAUGACGGGCAGCAUGCGGACAUCUACAAGCUGCGUAUCCGUGUGCGUGGCAACCUGGAGUGGGCUCCGCCCCGGCCUCAGAUCAUCUUUAAUGUCCAUCCAGCCCCGACGAGGAAGAUUGCCGUGGCCAAGCAGAAUUACCGCUGUGCAGGAUGUGGCAUCCGGACUGACCCUGAUUACAUCAAGUGGCUGCGGUACUGUGAGUACCUGGGCAAGUACUUCUGCCAGUGCUGCCACGAGAAUGCCCAGAUGGUCGUCCCCAGCCGGAUUCUGCGCAAAUGGGACUUCAGCAAGUACUACAUCAGCAACUUCUCCAAGGACCUGCUCCUCAAGAUCUGGAAUGAUCCUCUCUUCAAUGUGCAGGACAUCAACAGCGCCCUCUAUAGGAAGGUCAAGCUGCUCAGUCAGGUCCGGCUGCUGCGGGUUCAGCUGUACCACAUGAAGAACAUGUUUAAGACCUGCCGACUGGCCAAAGAGCUUUUGGAUUCCUUUGACAUAGUUCCAGGCCACCUGACGGAGGACCUCCACCUGUACUCACUGAACGACCUGAUUGCAACCAAGAAGGGGGAGCUGGGGCCCCGGCUGGCCGAGCUCACCAGAGCAGGAGCUGGCCACGUCGAGAGAUGCAUGCUGUGCCAAGCCAAGGGCUUCAUCUGUGAGUUCUGCCAGAAUGAGGAUGACGUCAUCUUUCCUUUCGAGCUACAUAAGUGCCGGACCUGUGAAGAGUGUAAAGCGUGUUACCAUAAAGCUUGUUUCAAGUCUGGAAGCUGCCCCCGGUGUGAGCGGCUGCAGGCCCGGCGGGAGUUACUGGCCAAGCAGAGCCUGGAGUCCUACCUGUCUGACUAUGAAGAGGAGCCCACGGAAGCCUUGGCUGUAGAGGCCACCAUCCUGGAGACCACCUGAGGAAUGCACCUCAGCCCUUUGUCUGAGGGGCUGGCUAGAGGCAAACGAUAGAGAACUGAGCCACACCUUCGAGGAAGGUGUGGGGCCUUUUUAAAAUAUAUCGUCAUUGUUUAUGACUUGUCUGCUGUCCAGGUGUAGACAACCUUUCUUGGUUGAUGGGUCCAGUCUGUUGUGACAGAUAGCUGUGAGCAUUGGGUGUUUCCGUCAGGACUGCCACUUGGACUGCCUCUCGUCAGGGGAACGGACAGCGAGACCCAGCUCUUCUGACAUGCUUGGCCUGUUCCACAAGGCUCAGAUCUGGUGACAGCCUCGGCUCAAGGAUCAUUCCACUCUUGACUUAGUUCCACAGCUUCUGAGCCAGGCCUUUCUCAGUCAAAGAUCUUCACCUUUGCUGCUGAAACAGGAGAAUGGAACUUUCCCUGUCCCAGUCCUGAAAGAGUAAGACUGCGCCCUGAGGCAGGGAAGAGAAUGGGGCUGCACGGUGGUCAUUCUGUCCGACUUAUUAGGCAUUUGGGGGCAGGUAAGAACGGAAUCAUUAUUGUUCUAGACUCCUCAGAGACCUCGGGAGGCGAGCAUGACUUCCCUGUUUCAGGUAUUCCAGGCAUAGGUGGACACGAGCUGGCUUGUGUCCUCUGAGGGGCCUGAAGCAAAGAACAGAACUGGGUCCUAGGCCAGGCCCAUUUGUAGCCAGCACCACACAACAGUGGGGCUGCAGCUGGUGCCUGAGGAGAUGUUGUUCAGAUACAGGAUGAUGGCCGCCUCUUGGGUGUUGAGACUCUCAGCUGACUAGCUUGAGUGCAGGUGCACUCCAAGCUCAGGCAAGUCCCUCAUGCCAAGCUGAGGCAAGGGUAGAAACUCCACCCACCACCUUAAUGGUGGGCCCCUGACUGCGCUGUAUGACUGUGUGACCACUCUGGUUCUGAGUAAAGGUAUGACCCAACUCCCCUCUCCGUCCCUCCCCCCAGAGCUGGGGCCCUCCCGUUGGCUGAUCUCUUGCCUUAGUUUCUUUUCUCAGAGUUGGGAGAAGCCGCCUGCCCACUUAGGAGCAUUAGCGACCUCAACAGUUUGUGAAUGUUUCUGUUUGCCUUUCUGCUGUUUAUGCACCUAACUCCUCAGCCCCGGGGAUGUGUGUUGGCUCAUCUGUUUCCUAUUACUAAUUUUAACAGACUCCUCCAUCAUCACUCAAUGUGCAUUCUAUGGCGUUUCCUAGACUAAGCCAGACACACGUUUGCUGUGGCAGCGUUGGAAUUGCUGCAGCGCCUAACCUCCGUGUGAACACUGGUCAGGGUUGCAUCUCAGAGCCUGGCAGUUGUGUGAACUGAUGUCCACAGUGCUUUUGUUCCGGAACUGACUUCUUCCGCCCGCCUGUCUCCCUGUCUCCUUGUACUUGGUUGCUAGUAAAGUAAUUGGCCCUGGCACUGCCCCCAGAAGCCAAACACAAUUGCACGUGGGUUGGUGGACGCUGACAGGUUCUGAGCUGGAGGGAACAGGGGUGUCCCAGAGAGACAGAAGGGACGUUGGUGUAGCAGCCACACUGAGCUCCAGCAGAGCAAGAGGAACAUGUCAGAACUGGCCCGUGGUGCGGUUCCUCCGCCUCACAUUUGGGAGCUGACACUGGGCCAGAUGACCAGGACUGUUCUCUCAGUUGGCGGUCACACCAAAAGCUGAGGCCAGGGGCAGUUUUGAAGGGCUGGCUAGAAACUCCCCUUCCUUCAAGGAGAUUUAGGAAUGAUCCCUUCAAACUCAAGUGUCACUGAGUCAGACCUCGGAUUCAGACUCUGACUCCAGUUCCAGUCUGUGGCUGACUUCCCGUCCAGCUGCUCACUCCAAGUCACCACACUGGAGGAGACUGCUGCCCGCACUCCCUGUCAGCACAGGCUGCAGCUGACCUCAGCAAUCUCACUGACUCUUCAGUUUCCCCACCCCCACCCCUGUAGAUCACAUAUCUUCUAGUGACCCCGAGGCUGCUGUCAUCACCGUCCAAGUGCGUCUUUAUUUAUUCGGGAGUCGAGGAGAGGGGCAGAGGGGUGUUGUACAAGCACUUUGUCACUUAACAGUAUCUGAGAGUCCCCUGCGGUGGGGAUUCGGAAUGCACUGAAGAGGGCUUGCUCGGAGGUGAGGUGAGGCGGAGGGAGCAUCCUCUCUGUACAAAGGGAAGCAUUUACUCCUGAGGUGGAAGCCCCACACUCUGCCCUUAGGAGGCUCUUACCAGCUCCCUCUGCCGAGGGUUGAGAGCUUUUGCUGAACUAACAGAAAAGGAGCAAGGUCUAAAUAAAAACCUCUGUUUGUGUACAACUUGUGUUUUGAACUGGAUUUUCACCUGCUGUAAUUCGUGCGCAUCCUAACAUGGCCAUCUUUAAUAAACUAAGGAAAUUAAGUCUUGCCCUGUA